CCUCGAUAAAAUUAAUUUUUGGCGCCUACCAAACACCAACACUUGCACCUACGCCGACAACAACAAUCGUUCAAGAAUGAUUUCCGGACAGGAACCAAGAUAUUUCUUUUGAUUUGGCAUUUAAUUAUUUUUCUGGUAUCAAUUCUAUAGUUCACUGCAGUUGCCACACAACUUUUAACGAGCUUAUCACUUCUUUGUAAGAAAUGGUAAAACGACCUUCUGUGGAGGGGUCUUUGCCCAGAAGAAAUCCAUCUCGACGUCGGCGAGUGUCAAGCACAGGAGAUGGAAAUAUAUCUGACGAGAGUGGAGAAGGAGAAUCUCUUCAUCAACCAAAUCAUCAAGAGAGGAGCGAUACAAAUCUUGACCUCUCCUCGCCAGAACCACUUAGCCAUCCUCUAGAGGAAGAGGACUUAAACUUAGAUAAUCUUGAAGAUGACAUUCCUAACAACAAUUCUCCAUUGGACUGUGAUACCGUGUCAAAUGAUGGUGAUGCUUCAGAUGGCUCAAGUGAGGGCAGCUCUGUCGAAGACCCUGAUGAUGAAUUUUUCCCACCUUCACCUUCUCGUCCUUCAAAAGAUUUGGCAGAGUUAAGAGCAGAGCUAAAUGAGCAAGAAGAAGAUUCCGAUCUGUCUGAUAAUGAUAUUGAUACUGGUGCAGAUGAGCGCGAUCCACCAUUGUACUAUGCAGCUCCAAUCACUGUGAAUGAGAGUAUGCUCUCUAUUCUCACAUUGGCUUUCACUCAUAAUCUUUCAAGAUCUUGUUUGGAUGAUGUGUUGCAGUUGAUAUCAGUUCAUUGUCCUUCUUCAAAUUUGUGCAAGGAUAACGUCCGUUUGUUUAGAAAACAUUUUGCAAAGAGUAAAUCUCAGGUUGUCAGACAUUACUAUUGCACUACCUGUUUUGAGACUCUGCAAGGCAGAGAUCAAAUCUGUGGACGAUGCAAUGAACAUAGAGGAGUUGCAUUUUUUGUUGAAGUUCCUAUUCUACCUCAACUUGAAGCUCUCUAUGGAAGAGAAGGUUUUAAAACUUUGCUCAUGCAUCGCUUUAAAAGAAGCAAACUUGGAGUAAACAGCUAUGAUGAUAUUUAUGAUGGAAAUGUUUAUAAAGCUUUGAGUUCCAGAGGUAACAUUCUUUCUGAUGCCAACAAUAUAUCCUUUAGUUGGUAUACUGAUGGAAUUAAACUUUCUACAUUUUCUGAAAAUGAAAUCUGGCCAUUUUAUCUUACUAUAAAUGAAUUGCCUUUUCAAGAAAGAACCAAGCCAGAGAAUGUGCUGCUCGCUGGAAUUUGGUUUGGCUCUCGCAAACCUGUACCACAUCUUUUUUUGAGAGGUAUAAGAGAAGACUUUCAUUCUCUCAACAAAGGAGUUCAAUUUAGGGUUCCAGAAGUUCCUGAACCAGUUUUAGUUAGAGGUAUUGUUAUAUGUGGUGUGUGUGAUCUAACGGCAAAAGCCUUAUUCUUAAACAUGUCUCACCCAUCAAGUACUUUCGGUUGUCAAAAAUGUAAAAUAAGAAGUGUGAAAGAAAAUAAUCAAGCAGUAUACAAAUUUCAACGUUAUCCUCAAAAGAGGACUUAUCAAGAGACGCUGGUACAUGCUGACAAGGCCCUCAAAGCCAGAAGAUCAGUUUAUGGUGUAAAAGGGACUAGUGCCCUUUCCUUUGUAUAUCACCCUAUUGAGACAACUGCAAUUGACAUGCAUGAUGCCUAUAUUGGCAUAUCAAAAGUUUUGAACAAAGCUCAUUUUAGUGAGGAUCAUUUCAAACAUCCUGCAUCUUUAUUUGGAUUUUUACAGUUGUAUGAUCGCCGGCUCUGUGCAAUUAAGCCACCAUAUUAUGUAGAAAAGUUGCCACGAUCGUUUGCUGGUUUUGGAAAGUUAUGGGAGCCCUCAGAACUCAAAGUCAACCUCAUGAUCUACUCUCUUCCACUUUUGCAAGAUAUCAUGUCUGUGUUCCACUUUGAACAUCACAUGCUCCUUGUAUAUGGACUGUAUCUCUUAAGCAAAGAUUCAGUAACAGAACAAGAUGUUGUUUUAGCUUCUGAAAUGCUUACUGACUAUUGCAGCAGAUUUGAAGAUUUGUAUGGAAAUGCCUUCCUGACUUGUCAUGUCCAUCAACUGAUACAUCUGCCUGAUGUUGUAAGGGACUUUGGUCCUCUCUGGGUGACUUCCUGUGCCCCUUAUGAAAAUUUGAAUGAGAAUCUGAGAAAAUUUUCUCAGGGCAACAAUCAGGAAGAAACCCAAGUGACAUCAGCUGCUUCUCUUUUUCUUCAUGUGUCAAAACUAAAGCCUGUGCAACCAGGUGUUGAAAGACCUGCCUACAAGUUCUGUGAAAAACUAAGCAAAAGUGGUAAAAAACUUGAAGUGCAUUCAAUGUAUGGUCAUUUUUGUGUUGUGGGGAAAUUACGGCGGUGUGACACUUUACCUGAAGUUGUAUAUCUUGCCCUAGGUCCUUUAAAACUCAGUGGGCAAAAUUACUGUGUUUUUGAUAGAAUAUUGAACACACGUAAGAAUAUUCUUUUUUCAUCUGAAAGUUAUGAUCAAGGAUCCAAGAACAUAUCUUCAUGUGUGAAAUAUCAGAAAAACAAUGGUGCAUUCUUUGGCAAAGUGCACACAUAUUUACGAGUGACGGAUUGUUCUUGUGAUGAUGUCUGUCUGAAUUGUGAACCAACUUUCUAUACCAUAGUUCAGAAACUUCAUACACAACCUGCAUAUCGUGCAGAACCUGGUGGAUUCAUCCCAUUCAUUCAUCGGUGUGCAGAAAUGAAUGAGUAUGAGGCAGUUCGUGUAGAAUGUCUAUCCUAUGUAUGUUUCAUGAUUGAAAUUGAAGACAGACAUGAUGCUUUUGUUGUUGAACCUAUAACUACUGGUAGAAUUGAGUGAGAGCUCUUCUGAUAAACAUAGUAAUUGUGAUGAUACCUUGUUACAUUUUAAGUGUACUUUGUAAUCUAUUCUUUGUCUUGUUUAGAUUUUAUUGCUAUUAGUCAUAGUAUAAUUUUAUCUGGUUUUAUCUGGCCAAUAAAUUUUUCUACCUUUUAA